AUGGUUAAACGUAAAAAUACAGCACUAAUAGACAGUGAUUCAAGCAAUGAUUCAGAUCCCAGCGAUUCGGAAUUCUUGAACCUAGCGAAAAAUAAGAGCAGGAAGAAGCGUUCACCCAAAGAAAAAUAUUCAUCUGGAUCAGAUUCAGAUACCUCUACCCAAAGCAACAAGAAAAAAUUGAAAAGAGACUCAAUUUCCUCUGAGUCAGAGAAUGGGGAAUUAACUAAAGAAGAGGAGAAACAUUCAGAACCAGAAGAAGGAGAAGUUUCUGAUUCUAGUAGUUCAGAGGAGGAAUUCAAUGAUGGUUAUGAUGAUCAACUUAUGGGUGAUGAAGAAGAUAGGGCUAGACUGGCAGGUCUUACAGAAAAAGAAAGAGAAACUGAAAUAUUCAAAAGAAUUGAACAAAGAGAAAUGAUGAAAACUAGGUUUGAGAUUGAGAAGAAACUUAGACAAGCAAAGAAAGCAGAACGUGCCAAAGAUAAACCUUCCAAACCAAAAGAGAAAGAUAAAGAUAAAGAGUUUGCCAACAAGCUUCAGAAUGACUUCAGUUCCAUUGACCACAAAGAACGUAGUAAAGAACGCAAGAAAAACAUUGAAGAGAAUAGGGGAAAGGUUGAAAAUAAGAGGUUCAAUGCAAUGGCAGAGUUGAAGGCAAGAAGAGAAGGAAAAAUCAAGAGGGAAGAGGCAGAGGAAGAAAGGAAGAAGAAGGAGGAGCAGAAAAAGAAGGAUGAGGAGGAACAAAUUUUGUCCAAGAAGAAUGAAAUGAAAUUGAAGGCUUCUGAUAUUUAUUCUGAUGAUAGUGAAGAUGAUGGUGGCAAAAGCCCGUCUCCCCCACCGAAGGCGGCGGCCGCCCCCGCGGCCUCCGUGCGCUCGCGGUCCCGCUCCUCGUCGAGCUCCUCCUCCAGCGACGGCGACGACAACGAGGAGGCGGUCGAGGCGAAGAAGCAGCCCGCCUAUCUGCCCUCUCGACACGACCUCAACACCAUCCGGCUGUCCAGGCACAAGCUGGAAAGGUUUGUGCACAUGCCUUUCUUCGAUAGAAUCGCCAAGGGCUGCUACGUCAAGGUCGGCAUCGGGCAGCACAACAACAUGCCCGUGUACAGGGUAGCCGAAGUCGUGGGGGUGUACGAGACUGCCAAAAUUUAUAAUUUGGGAAGUACCAAAACGAAUAAAGGACUGAAAGUGAGACACGGCACGCAAGAGCGCGUGUUCAGGCUGGAGUUCAUCUCCAAUCAGGAGUUCAUCGAGAACGAGUACCAGAAGUGGAUAGAAGCGAGCGCGGCGGCGGGCAACGAUCUGCCGACGAAGGGCAAGGUGGAACAGAAGCAGGCCGACAUCAAGGAGGCCAUCAGCUACGAGUUCAACGAACAAGAUGUCGAGAGGAUCAUCCAAGAGAAGCAGCGUUUCAAAUCGAACCCGUUCAACUACGCCGUGAAAAAGACCCAAUUGAUGAAGGAGCGCGACUCCGCCAUCAGCAGGGGGGACGAGGAGCAAGCCCGCGAAUUGGCCACCAGAUUGACCACGCUGGAAGAGAGAGCCUCGGAGUUGGACAAGUUGCGCACCUCCACCAUUUCGAGCAUCUCCUAUAUAAACGACAGGAACAGGAAGAAGAACGUGGAGGAGGCGGAGAAGGCCAUCAUGGCGGAGGUUCGGGCGAACAAAGGGAAAAAGAUCGAGGACCCGUUCACCAGACGGUCGACCAAGCCGCGCAUGAGCUUCAAGUCGGGCGAGAAGCAGGCGCAAGAGGCGACCGAAGCGGCCGCCUCGGCUGCCGCCGCCGCGCUCGUAUUGAGCGACAAACUCGAAGCGGAGGCGGGCGGACGGUCGGAGGCGGCGAAAAAGAACGCCUCGCUACCGUCGCAGGUGUCGCAGGACGAUCUAUUUUCGGCGCACGAUUUCGAUAUCAAGAUCGAUCUGGAGGUGCCGCUGGCAGCUACCCCUGUAAAUGUGGUUCCGAAGACGAUGACGAAGGAUUUGGCCCCCAAGAGAAGUUUGAAUCUCCAGGACUAUAAGAAGAAGCGUGGGCUCAUUUAG